AUGGACUGGCUGCUAGGGGACAUCCUUAGGACUGAUGAUAUCAAGGGGCUUCUCUGGAGCCAGCUGACCCACGCCCUGGCCUGUAGACACUGUGGCAGCAGCUGCCUCCAGAGUACAGGGAACAUAGUGACACUAUGCCUGUUCAUAAUUUGGCAGAUCCGGAGGUGGUGGCAGCUUGGGAAUUUGAGACAUCUUUGGCCCUGGUACUCCGGGGACAUGAAGCAAGGCAAGGGCCUACUACUUCUGUACCUUGUGGCUUUCCUUCGUCAUCUGUGGAGGUGGAGGUCAGAGGAAGAGGAAGAAGGAAAAGAGGAGAAAGAAGAGGUGAUAUUCCUGGAUCCACUGAAACCAUGUUCUCUUCCCAAAGAAAUUCCUGUUGAACAGCAAGCUACUACAGCCCCAUCCCAACCAUCCUAUGAUUCUGAAAGCCAACACAAGAUCAUAGGGACACGAGAGCUAGUACUCACGCAGACCCCAAGCCCUUCCAGAUCAUUCCCCACAUUGCAGAUUCUGACCAACUUGCCUGUGAGGCGUAAGGCAGCAUCAGGGAGUCAUCUACAGCAGAGGAAAAGCCAGCUCUACUGGGGACUCCCUUCUCUGCACAGUGAGUCCUUAGAGGCCACCAUCCUGAACUCGGAUGGCCCCUUUCCUCUGAAGUUACCUGUUGGUCCUUCUGUCUGCUUCAACAAGUUUUCCUUCCUGCAUAGGUCCAACCUGCAGUCUUCUCAAUAUUGCUCCCCAACCCCACUUCCUAUCCAUAAAGUGCACACUAUGAAAAACCUGGAAGAGUUGGCCCCCGAUCCUCAGCAACUUCCCCCUCCACCUUCCCCUUCUGUUCCAUCACUACCCCUCCAUCUUAAACCCUUUCCCAUAGAUAAUACAAAAUUCCAUUCUGGUGUUCAGGCACCUACACAGUGGCUUAUGUGGCAGAGAGCAGUCCCUUGGGUCUCUGAGGAUCAAGCCCUGCAUCCACAGCCUGAACUCCAAAGAACAAAACCCUCCAAGUAUUUUCCCUCAUCUGAGGUGUGGUGGGGGAUGCCAUGGGAUCCUGGCCUCCCACAACACAUUCCAGAUUUACUCUCUGCCUCUCUGCUGUAUCCCUCUAACCUGCUGGGAGUCCUGACUAGGUCUGAUUCCCCACGGAGAACCAUGGUGCAAAAUGAGGACUCCACAGCCUCUGAGCCAGCAGUCCCAGUUCCCAGCCCAACCCCAGCCUCUCUCCAGGGGGUUAGCCCUAUAGGAGGCCUGUAUAGAUCUGAUGACCUCCAGGAAACCACAAGGCAAAGAGAGAAUGCUCAUAUCUCUGAGCCUCCAGUCCAGAUCCCUUACCAGUCUGCAGCUCCCAUAACAGAGCCUCAAGAAACUAGACCCCUGGGAGUUUCAUCUGGAUGUGAGACUCAGUGGAGAACCACAGGACAUAGAAAGAGUCUGAAAGCCUCUGAGCCCCCAAUGCCAGCCUCUUACCAAGCCCCGGAUUCUUUGUCAAAAUCCCAGAAAGUCAGCUCUGAAGGAGAACCUUCUAUACCUAAGGACUUCUUGGGAACCAUGGGGCACAAACAGAAGCCUCAAGCCUCUGGGCCUCCAAUGCCAGCCCCCUGUCCUCCGUCAGUCCCCCUGACAGAACUCCCAAGAGGUGGUGCCCUGGGAGAUCCACCUGGAUGCAAGUGCCUCUGGGAAUGCAGAGAAAACUCAGAAAACCCACAGAUCUUUGAGCCCCCAGCCUUGGACAGCUCUAAAUGUGUCCCAUCAAGAUCUGAGACUCCAUGGAAAGGCAUGCAAAAUAGAGAAAAUCUUUGGGUCUCUGCAGACUCGGUUUUACCUGCUAGUCUCCCCUCAGCCUGCCUGAUAGAGUCUUUAGGAAUGGGGCCCCAGGAAGUCCUGUCUAAGUCCAAGGCUUUGUGGGAGACUACAGGGCAACUAGAGAACCUCUGGACCUCUAAGUCUAUAGCCCCUGACUAUGGUCAGUCUCUAGCUCCCAUUCCUGAGCCUCACAGAAUCAAUUCUAUGGGAGGCCACACUAGAUCAGAAACUGCAUGGAAGGUCAUUGAACAUUCCAGGAAUUCCUGGGCUUCUGAUCCCCCAUCUCUGGCCCUCAGUCCAUAUCCAACUCUCACACUAGAACCCUUCAGAGUUAGCCCCAUGGGGGUCCUGUCUGAUUCUGAGGCUAGCUAUGGGGAAUCACAAAGGAAAAAAAAUUCCUGGUCCUCUGAGAUCCCAGCUCCCAGCUUACCCCAAGAGCCACAUGGAGCUAGACCUUUGGGAGUCUUUUCUGACUCUGAAUCUGUUGAGGGGUGCAUGAAGCAGAAAAAAAUCUGUUGUGCUCCUGUGUCUCCAUUCUGGGGCCCCAGCCCACCUCCAAAUUCUAUGUCAAAGUCUCACUCACGUGAGCCUAUUGGAGACCAAGGCAACUGUAAGACUGAGGAGGAGGCAGUGGAGCAGAGAGAGAACAGCUGGGUGACUGAGCUCCCAGCCCCAACUCCUAACACACUCUCUGCUCAAGUACCAGAUCCACACAUGGCCCUUAGGUUUGUGAGGAGGAAUGUGCGACAAAGAGAGAUCCCCCAGGGUCCCAGCCCUCCAGCAGCAGAUCCCCUGCAGCCAAUACCCUGGCCUCCCACCCUAGCUGAAGCUCUGAAGACUGAGUCCAACCAGCCUGGCCCACCCAAAGAAGAGCUGUUCCCAGGAGUUAAGGGAGCGAUCCCACCCUCCCAGGGAAAGGCUGUCCCAGAGGCAUCCACACACUCUGGGAUCCAGGUCUGGCACUGGAGUAGAGAAUUAGAACUCGGGCUGAAGAAACUGCAGCUGAGCCCUGCUUCCAGAUCCCCUGGCCCAAGUCAAUCAUUUGUCAGCUCCCCUGCCCUGAGCUCCUCAACUCCAGGCACUUGGAGACUCUCUUCCUACCCCUCACAACAGACUCAUCACCCAGACCUGUGUCCUUACUCUUCAAGCUGUCAUCCCCCAAAAGCAGAGAGCACAGUAAUUCAGCCUGUCCACUGUUUUCACUCCCACUCCUUUUCCCAUCCUCAGCCACGUGGGUCUGGUAGGGCAACACAAAGGUCUCAGAGAGAGGAAAGAGUGAAGGCAAAGAUGGUGGCCCAGGUCUCACCUCAGGGACCAUGUGUUCACAUGGAGGCUAAUGAAAACUGCCCAGGCUUGAGAGAGGCCUCAUACCCUGAGGUUCUAGUCUCAGGCAACAGGCAAGACAAAGCUUCAGCACAAUUUUCAUCCAGAGAGAAAGACAGCCCCAGGAAAUCCAACGCAGGAGACCACAGAAGAGGGGAUACAAGAUUGGGGUCAUCCACAGUUAUGGGGAAGAGCCACCCGGCCCAGGCUGGAAGGCCAGUGGAGGCCCCUGUAAACCGACUUUCCCAAAGGAACCAGAGCUCCAUACACACUGCUCUCCCCCAGCAGCUUUACUCCAUGCCCACAGGUCCCCAAGAUGAGCGAGAAGCAGAGCUGAGAGCUGGUUAUAUCCUGAUCCCUUGGCACUGUACACACUGCCCCUGGGCCCAUAUGGAGAAGCACUUCUCUUCCCCUACACCUCAGGGUCCCCUUACCAGGGGUAUUCGAAAGAUGCUAGCCAAGUGUCUAAGUAGCCGUGGGCCAGGCCCACCAAAUUCAGUCAACAUGAGGAACAGCUGGUAG